CACACAUGAUCGACAUCAAGGAUCUCAGAGGUCCCUAGUACAACUGACUACGAUGUGCGGCCGGAUCGAUCUCAACUGGCGGGCCGAAGAUCUCCAUGACAUAUCGACACGAGGUAUUUUGAUCUGGACUGAUCUCGACGAACAUCUUGCACAAACCCUCAAAUCGGAGUCCACACGAACUCUGCCUGCACGGAUAGCGAACUGUCAUACCAAUAUUGUCAUCUUCGUAUUGUCGGGACUGUGCUUCCCUGUUAUCGCUUGCCAGAUUGAAUAUAUAAACCCGCUCGCCGGCGGGACGCUACAAAGGUUGUGCUAUACUUCUACCAACAAACCAGACACCCAUCGCAAAGCCUACACCCAAGAAACCGAAUCAAUCGACACGAUGAUCCCCCUUCCCAAGACGACCACCCAACCCACCACCGACUCCGAGGUGACCAUUCCUCUGCUCUACUACGUGCAGCGCAUUCAACGCCUGAUCUACGAAAUGCCCUCCGACGAAGAGGCGAUCCAAAUGGUCACCGAUACCUUUAGCCCCGAUGCGACUUUUGAAUGGAACUACGAACAGCUCGACCUAGACGGCUUCAAGAACUUCGUCAACAACUGGCGCACCCGCUACACUUUCCUCGAUUUCCAAUUCCACGAGGCGGUCGCGUCCCCUAACCCCGACGAUGAGCAGGGUCGUGGUGGCACUAUCGGGUUCGCGAUGAGGGGUCGUGUCCUCGGCAAGGAGGAUUCGAAGAUGUAUGAGGGGAAGGUUCAUGCGAUCUACAAGGUCGUGUGGGUGCCAGGUGCUGAUGGGUCGCCUGAUCGCCGGUUGAUCACUAACAGCAACCAGGUGUUGCAGGGGCCGUACGUGAUUGAGGAAGAGAGAUGA